AUGGAUUUCAAUCUACAGGAAGUUUUGGAUGAAAUAUCCAGUGUGAAUUUCAUGUUAGAUGAGUUUCACCGGUAUAAUAUUAUAACAUCUAACUCGUCACCUGACAGUUACGAUCGAAUGUCGAGCGCAUCAUUGGAAGGAUGUGAUCUAUCAAGUGACGAGCAAUACGUCACAUUAACACCCGUGCAGAGCCCCAUAGUCAUUGAUGGUGCAGUUUCUGAGAUACCAGACAGCAAUGUUUACCAAAUUCUGGUAGCGCCCAACUGGCAGGAAAUCGGAAGCCAGAAUGCAGGAAGUUACACUACGUUAGCAUCAGUGGAAUCAUGCGGACAGGAUUACAACUCAGCGUACAACCAAAUAUAUGAUCCUGUUAAACGAGAACCGAAUAUCGUCGAAUACUUUUCAACAUUUGUAGAAAGCCCUUCCGCGGUGUGCGAUGAGAAUCAGAAACCUGUUGAUGGUUAUGUAACCUAUUCAAUUGCUUCACCAGUCGAAGAAACUCCAACAGUUUCGUCCCAAAACCUAACAAUUUCGGAGAGCACCGACGAACAAUCCAUUGAAGUACCUCAAAAUAAACUACACCGUAUGCCACGUAGGAUAAAUCGCUUCACAUACGACACCAAACUGUAUUGUAAGUUGUGCGAGAAGGAAUUCGGCCGCAAAGCAAGCCUUCAACUACAUAACGUCAUUUACCAUGCCAGUGCUCGACCAUUUCGAUGUGAAACCUGUGGCAAGUAUUUCGUGACCGAGGCGCAGCUAGCAAAACAUAAGUUGAACCACGACCCAAAGAACAAGAAAUUUUCUUGCUCCCAAUGCGAGAAGUCUUACGUUCAUGUGAAGGACCGCGACCGACACUUUACGGCCCAUCAUGGAACGCCAGCUCAUCAGUGUAAAUAUUGUCGUAAACGUUUCACCCGCCGAGAUCAUAUGUUGGCUCACGAGCAGGCACAUGAAGACCAAGGUUCGAUGGAGUUGCAUCGGGGUCGCCGUCGUCGGAAGAUGCCUGGUGGUAAUGGAGUGCUGAUGGCAGCAUAUGAAAUUCAAAAUUAG